AUGAAAUUGCGAUCAGAUAAAAAUUCUACCCGGGAGGGUCCCGCUAGCGGGGAAUCCCUUGGUGCACCGGAAAGCCAGUGCAUCGGCCCCAUCGUAUACGGGGGGGCCAACUGUCGCAACACAGAGGAGGAGAAUAGGGGGGGGAUUGAAACUGAAAAUGCGCAGGGGGGAGAGGGAGUGGUUGAUAUGGAUUUAGGAUUAGAAGUAAGGAAUAUAAAAAAAGUGGAAGGAACAAAAGAAAUAAGAGAGGAUAAGGAAGACUCUGAGGUUAUGAUGGAGUCAGACUGCAGCAUUAUAAUGAUGAGCAGUAGAGUCAGAUCAGAUUCCGACUCUUCGGUGGUUGCGUCGGGCUCUAGUCGCUUAUGGCAAGGUAUCAAAAGGCCUCGUAUAGAAGAUGAUGAUAAGUCUGCAUCUUCCGACGAGGAUAGAUUGGGGACGCCAAUGCCCAAUGGAAGAGGAAACCAGUCUAAAAUAUUAAAUUAUGACUGGGCCAAAGCAAAAGAGGCCCUCAAGAAAAAAAAAGCAGAGAAAAAAAAGAAAGCUGAAGAUGAGCGCUUAAAGGCAUUAGUCGUGGAUGAAUUUCAGCGCGAGGAGUUCAGACGAAUAAGGUCUGAAGACGGAUUACAGUCCAAAAAUAAGACCGCAGCUCAAAUCCAGAAGCGAGUUGCGGAGGAUGUGGCAUUGAUAAAUAAAAUCGCCAGAAGGUCCUCCAACCUUAAGGGAACAUUUGUGCGUGACCUUAGAGAUGCUGCCGCCUCUAUUCAGGAGGCUGUGGAAGUCCUUAGCUCGCGCACCAUCGCAGAAGAGACUCGCCAGCUGCAGGCUGACAAUGUUCGUCUGCAAGAUGAAAUGGCCGAACUCCGUAAGGAGUUAACCCAACUCAAGGUAGAAAUGGAUAAGGUACGUAAACAGGAGACUACGCACUCUUCUAUCGAUGUACCUGAAGAGCCGCAACCCGUACCUCAUUCACAAAAGAAAGAAAAGGGCCGUCGUACUGCACGGACUCCUACGCAGUCCACAAUGGAUGAAAUCUGUCACACUGUAAUGGUACAGGUCGGAGAUAUGGUUAACGCCCGCCUGGCCUCCUUAGAAGACAGACUUCUUCCAGAGAAGCGUUUGCGUCCACCUUUGUCCGGAGAUACAAAAAGACAGGGCGCGACGGAACAAACAACAAGCAGUAGCCAGAAGCUCACACAGGAUAUGCCACCUACUGAAGAAGGACAACCGGCUAAAUCUUCUUCACGUGAAAAGGAACAGUGGGAGAAAGUAAGACAGAAAAAGAAGAAGAAGAAGCAAAGUGUUUCACCAGAAAGUCCAUCAAUGCAGACGAACGAAGAAUGCAAGCAGCCUGCUAACAAGCCUCGAAAGCUGCGCACUCCGCGUUCAGCAGCUGUUGUUAUAACGCUGCAACCAGGGGCCGAGGAGAAAGGCGCUACAUAUGCUACAGUGUUAAAGGAAGCUAAAGAAAAAAUAGCCCUGUCCGAUCUCGGAAUAACUGCUCUGCGAUUUAGGAAAGCGGCAACUGGAGCGCGCAUCCUAGAACUUCCAGGAGCCUCGAGUGAAAUGUUGGCAGACUCUCUUGCACACAAAUUGAGGGAAGUCAUCAGCGAAGAAUUCCUGCGAGUCUCUAGACCCAUAAAAUGCGUUGACAUGCGCGUUUCGGGUCUAGACGACUCCGUAUCCAGCGAUGAUGUGGUAAAUGCCGUAGCAUUACGUGGAGGCUGCCCCGUCACACAAAUUCGGUUUGGCGAAAUAAAACGGAGCUUUUCGGGUUUAGGAACGCUUUGGUUGCGCUGUCCAGUGUCAGCUGCAAAAAAAGUGACAGAUGGUGGCAGACUACUAGUAGGCUGGGUUUCAGCCCAAAUAAAGAUCCUGGAUGAUCGGCCCCGCCGUUGCUACAGAUGCCUAGAAUCAGGACAUUUAAAAGCACAGUGUAAAGCCGAGAUUGACCGUAGCGAUACUUGUUACCGCUGCGGUCAGGCGGGCCAUAAAGCGAGGGGAUGUUUAGCUGUGCCACACUGCAUAGUAUGUGAAGAUGCUGGUAGAUCGGCAAACCAUUUGGGAGGCAGCAGUGCUUGCAACCAAAGCACCAACACUAAAAAGAAGACCAGUAGAAAGACUGACGAUGGCCCCCGGGCCUCUUCGCAGCCUGCCCGUCCAUCUACAAGUGUGGCCGAAGAUGUUACGAUGUCUGUAGAAUAG